AUGUCUUUUUGUGCUAAUUGUAGUGUCACCCGUGCACUUAAAAAUAAAGUCUUGAUCGCGAUUGCUGAUUUAGAAAAAAUAAAAAGUGUUUUAUCAGAGUUCGUUGACUCUGUGGGUGAUGGAGCUAUUCCCCUGGCUCCCAGUGCAAGUGAAAAUAAGCGGGUUACACGACUAACAACAAAAGCCAAAGCCGGUGACAAUGUUGUUGCUUGGCAAAACAGUGUACAAAGGCGGCCCACCCGCGCUAGUGCUAACAAGUUAAAUAAUGAGCAAUCAAGCUCUAAUGUGCAUAAAAACAACAAUAAUAACAAUGCUAACACUGAUACUGCUACUGCUGAUGCUAAUUUGCCUGUACUCAAAAUUUCCAAUGAGAGCGAAAGCAAUACUGGUUUGACUACUUUUGAUGACAACACUGAUGGUGAUUCUAUGCAUGCUGCUUCUAGUUCUGCUUCUGCUAAUGAUAGUGUUGAGAAUGCUGCUUCUGGUUCUGCCGUGGGCAAUUCGUCAGGUGCUAAUGGUGCUAAUGAUGACAAUAUACAAGCUGAAAGUGCGACUGAUAAAGGGCAAACAGAUAAUGCACAGUGGUCUAUUGUUGCUAAUAGGCGACAUAAAAAACAAAAUCAGCGUAAUCAUCGUAUUAUCGGCUCUAAUGUUGAAACCCAGCUGGGUGUAAUAGUUCGUCGCAAAUGGCUGCACUUAUCAUCGUUUGUAUCCACUGUAACGUCGGAUGACAUAAUUGCCUAUGUGGCUAAUCGUGCGGAUAUUAACCCUA